UGCCUGCCACCACUUAAGUUGUAUUAGCCUAGCUUAGUCUAGCUUAGCUUAGUUCCGUUUAGUUUAGUUUAGUUUAGUUUAGUUUUAGUUGACGUGGUUAGGUGAUGCCUGUCCCGAGUCACGAAUCUAUAUCGUUUUGGUUCUUUAGUUAUUUCUAAGCAGUUCUUCUGACCGUAGACACUUUUGAAUCGGAAUGCUCAGAUAUAAUCGUACCAUGUGUAUUGCCCACAUCUAUUGUUUACCCACAACUAUUCUGUACUAACUAACAACCAGUGAGACUUUAAUCGAAAUCCUGUUUCCCAGCCGUCGAGGGGCUGUACGAACUCGGUCCCUAUGGAAUGUUUUGAUCUAUCUAUGUCUCUAUAUGAGAAAAGCCCAACCUAACUAACACGAAUACUGUCUAUUUCAAUCAUGACUUUAAUAUACCUUCCCAGUAGUUCGAGAUUAUGCGAGAAACAGAUUUAAAAACUAAUCGAUUUUCAGCCGAAACACUUCGGCCCUACAUUUAUUUGGUUCGAGUUUCUAGUUUCUAGGCCUUUUACUUUUUUCGUUACCUAACAUUAUUUUCCUUUACACUCCUGGGUUCCUUUUGAUUUUGAUUUGAUCCGUUUCGUUUGGUUUUCGUUAUCUUAUGAUUUCUAUUGAACUCAUGCGCACAAUCAUCACCACUGAAAAGAAGGAUAUUUCGUAGGCAUCUAGCUCAAGUUGAUCUGAAAUAAAGAUACAGUGCCAUCAAACAACAAUGGAAUUAAACUUUGCGGCCAACAAUAAACUACAAACUACAAAAGAGUUGAAACUGAAACGAAAGAAAAAAGAAAUGUUGAAAUUAGCCGAAUGGGAAUUUGCGUUGUUUAUUUUGUGUUGCGUUUGUUGUACAAUUUAAUGCGCACCGACCUCACACACUAUAUAAAUCUAAAACUAUUCUAUACUAUGCCAGUUAAGACACACACAGAUACACACACACACCAGCGUAUUCUUGGCCCCAAUCAAGGGCGCCCAAAUCCCCGGUCAACUACUCCAUUGCGUUGGUCGAAGGUCGCCCCUGAAUAUAAAAUAUAUAUAUGUACAUAUAUAUAUACACAUAAUAAAUUCAUGACAAACAAUAGAAAUACACUCACUCACACACGCUGAAGGGAGUACAGUGAACACUUUGUAUAUUUUACAUGAAUUGUUGUACGUUUCUUUUCGGUUUUCGAUACGAUUGAGUUGGACAAGUUAUUUGUGGUUUUCCGUCAUUUGAAAGCCCAUUAGUUUUUAAAUCAUUCACCGCAAAAAAUAGAACGAGAAAAAAGAUACGCUGAAGACGAAGGAAAUCUAAUGUGUAAAGAUAUAGACCCAUAAACUGCAUAUAUAACAAUCUAAAUAUAUAUAUAAAUACUUGACUAUGAACUUUUGCGCGAGUAUCGUUCCCUCAUACAUAUUUCUUAAUUUUUAUUUCGAGUUUACAUGUACUAUGAUUUGUAUAAAUAACUUUGUAAGUGCGAGCGUCUACCAGUUGCCCGACUUUUGUACUGUACAUAUAUGUUUUAACUAUAUAGACUGUUGUAAUUGUUGUCUGUGUGAGUGUGUGUGUUUGCGUGUGUGCCUAAUUGCCGUGUGUGUGUGUGUGUGUGUAUCUGUGUUGUCUCAUUUCCUCACCUGCAUCGAUUCGCUUGGAAAACGCUUCUUUCUGUACCAUUUUCCCCCGAAAAACCCACUCACACACACAGCCAAAGUGCAGAGAUGCACCUCAAAGGACCUUUUAUCCGCCGAUAGAGUGUGUGUGUACGCGUGUGUGGGUGGGUAGGCGUCGGUGUGUCUGUGUGUGUACCUCUGCACCUGUUCAUACGCCUUUCACAUCCACCGCAAUUCGCUAAUUGGGAAAGAUACUUGGGGAGAUACUUGCAAUUAGAGCUAAUUGGUAAAGUGUGGAGCACACGAAAAAGUCAACAAAGCAACGCUUUUACACUGCAAACAAAUUAUUCGAGUACCAGAAAACGCCCAAAAUGAAAGCACAAAAUGAGACGCAAACAUCUAUCAGCCAUGGGAUCACUGAAUUCCCCCGAUUACAUUUUUCUUCCACUGUUGUUCAUGGGAUGCCAUUCACCUCCAAAUCCUUUUCGCACACAUAUCUCCAAAAACCAAACCCAAUACGCACACAUGAGUUUCAAGUUAUUUACAUUUUUCUCAUAUGAUUUUCCUUAUUUAUUUAUAUACGAUAUUUACAAAAUGAUAAGUAUAAUUUUGGUUUUGCUUUUCGUUGAUGAUCGUUUGGAUGAUGAUUGUCCAGAGAUCUUCGAUUUAGAGUUAUGAAAGCAGUUGAUCUUGAGAUUAGAUAGGCAGAGCCUGAGGUUUAGCCCCUAAAUGUAUGCUACAUAGUUUUACUUAUAAUUUAUUUCGACCGUCCCGCCGGCAAACUGAGCCGAAGCAAUCGGAAGGGAACCCCUAGCUAAGACUAAGUCUGCAACCGAAUCUAAAUGCCUUGUGUUGUAUUGUCUGUAUCGGUAAUCGAAUCGCCACCAAAUCAAAAACGACACAAAACAUCAUCUCAAACCGAAACCCGAUCGCCAUCCGAAUGAAUCCUGAAUCGCCCCGUAUUCUGGCACGCGAAUCCCGAACGAAUCUUGCGCGGAUGCAGGUCCUGGGCCACCCGACGACAGCAUGCCGUGUCGCCACCACCAGCGCAUCAAGCAUCUCAGCCUGCGACACCAGCGAAAACACCAGCACACGCACCACCAAAACAAACCCCAACACUACCAUCACCACCACCAUCACCACCAGCUGCCGCAGGAUCUCAAGGGUAAAUCCGCAGCCACCUGUUCUCCCGCCACUCCUCCUGCGCCCGCGUCUGCACCACCCAAUCUUCCGCCUGCCUGUGCCUGCGACGUCCUUGCGCCAGGAUCCCUAACCGGCGGCAGCCUCACUAACCUGUCCACGGGUCACGACCCGGAGCCGGAGUUCGACGCCUGUCCGUGCGAUGAGUGCUUCGCCUGUGCCCCGCCCAGCACAAGUGCCACGGCCAGCACGCUGCUGGCGGAUGAGUGCUACUCCCAGACGGCCUCCUCCAUGCUCAGUGCCACCCGGUGUGCACUGUCCACGGUGGCGGCGAUAGCCACUGGCAGCGGUUUUGGCAGUGGACCGAGCACCAGUGCCGCGGCCGCUGCAGCUGCAUCCAGCUCCUCUGGCGGCGGCAGUGGCGGUGGAGCGGGACCGGCCUCCUGCUCGACGCUCUGCUCCUCGGCAUAUUUCUCCACGUCGGCGCCCACGACCAGCAGCUCGGUGCACAGCAGCAUGUCCCGCUCUAACAGCAAGCGGCUGAAUAACAACACGUGCAGCAUCAACAAUAACAAGCUCAGCUUCCGCAGCGGCAGCCAUGUGAGCCAGCUGCAUUUGGCCACGCAGCAUCCGCAGCAGCCGCCGCAUCAUCAUUCGCAUCCGCAAUCGCAACCGCAUUCCAAUCCGCUGCAGUCGCCCGCACAAAAGUCCAUGUCGGAGGACGAGGGCGAUGCGUCAAAUGCCCCCGAAGAUGGGGAAACGGACGAGGACCCCAAGAGUCCGCACAGUGUGCAGUCCGAUCUGUCGGACGCCUUCGACUGGUGGUUCAAUAAGCCCAAGCGUAACUCUAAGAAGAGCAGAUCGUCUCCAGUGAGUAGUUGUUGUGGCAGUAGUAGCCAGGGGCGAUCCAGUCCGGACACGGAUCCCGCCGAGCCGCCCGAGUUUCCGCUGAGUCCAGGUUAGCAUGCCCGGGUUGGUGUUGGUCUGGUCCCCAUUCGAACCGAACCGACCCAAUCCCAAUCAAAUAUCGACUAUGCAGAUCUCUUGAUCUCAACGUUGACAUAUAUCUACUAUAUGUGUACAUGUUGAUGUUGCCGUUGCUCUUCCGUUCCAUUCCGUUUCGUUUCCUUUAGUUUAUCCUUUUUUUUCUGAUUCUAAUUAUUAUUCAGAUCUAAUCUGAGUCUGAUUCUAAUUUCUCCUUAUUGUUUCUUGAGCAACUUGAUGUUUCCCGACACCACCACCUAUCUGAACCACUCCACCUUCUUUGAUCUUGAUCGUCGUCCACUCACGGGAGUAAAUGGCAAACGCAGACGAGUAUUCGUUUUCGUUUCCGUUUCCGUUACUGUUCCUAUCUUUUUGUUGAAGCAACUAUUUCUCCCAGUGAUCGUAUCGAAGUUCUCCCUUCUUUCGCCACUUUUGAUUUGCCUUUCUCCAAUUUUUCUCUGUGGUAUUUGCAAACGCCUUUUGUUUGCGCUUUCGUUUUGCUUUCCCGCGAUUUGACUAUUUGAAUAUUUCAGUAUACAUAUAUAUGAAUACACGGAUCUGUUGAUUAUUUGUACCAGUGUAAAAGUGUAAAAGCGAUUAUGUUGUUCUUUCAGUGUACGCUCACCAAAUCACCAAAUGUUGUUCUGCGCUCCACAUCAUUACAGCCACGACUAACGCCGAUUUCCAUUAAGCUAUAUCCUCAGUCAGCUAUGUCACCCCAAUAAAAUCACGAUAAUAAUUUCUAAAACUGCAGCUUUGCCCAGCGCCAAAUGUUCAAUCAAAACAAUGAGUUCUGAGUUCCUGUUCGCUUUGUUUUUGCAUUAUAUUUUUUGUAUCUUGAGUGUCUAUACGUAUCUAUACUUAUCACACAGCAUUAUGUUUUCAAAGUCCAGCUGACGUGUUGUGCCGUAUGACACGAAAGGUAUUUCCAAUUGCGACUAAUAUGCGUAGUCCCGAAUCCCCCGUAAUCCCCGUAGCCUCUGUAACUGCAUCCAAAAAUUGCUCGUUUAUCGGUGUAUAUAUCCUUGUUAAUAUAAUCCUAAUAUAUCCUGUACGUGAGUGUGUGUGUGUCUGAGUAAAUUAAUGUAAUCUAUGUGUGUGUAAUAACUAACUAAUCAGCAUUUUUCAGUUACCUUAUUUACUUUACUUAUAUAACUCUAAUUUAAAAUAGCUUUCGAGCCUAGUUUCCUUCAAACUAAUUCAAUACGAUUUUUAGAUCAAUUACUAUUACUAUGUAUUUCUUUUCAAUUUCGUUUUGUACUUAAACAUUAAUUGAACAACCCGUUUGUUCAGCUAGUCAACUAAGAAAAUGAUCGCGAUUUGUGCCAAUCAGAUUUAACUAACACCGA